AUGGCUGACAACGUCGGAAACGGAGACAGCGCCACCACUUCCUCUGUAAGAUGCCCUAGAAAUUAUUUCGCUCACCGCCGCCGCAAAAUCAAACGAGGAAGAGUUCCAAGGGAUGAUAUAGACUUAAUCAGCUCUUUGCCUGAUGAGAUCCUCCAAGUGAUCAUCUCCUUCAUCUCGACCAAGUUGGCAAUCACAACUUCCGUCUUGUCCAAAAGAUGGAGACAUAUCCUGACAUUGGAUGGUUGCAACCUUAAGGAUAAAUCCUUUGCUAAGAUUAUCUCUGGUUCUCCCCUUCUCGAAACCUUAAGGUUGUAUCACUGCGAUGAACUCCAUCAUCUUGAUCUCAGCAAAUCACCGCGUCUGAAAACAUUAGAAAUAGAUAGCAAGGUUUGGCUUAAGGGGACAAGGAUUGACGCACCACAUCUCCAUUAUCUCAGAUUAAGAUUGACAGACUCUAUGUUUCCAUAUACAUUAGUUGAUGUCUCGUCUUUAACCGAAGCUGAAAUACAUACUGAUGCGUCGUCUGACCCAAUUAAAAUAGUUGAUCAUUGUCUUCAAACCCUAGAGAAGUUGCAGAAUGUGGAGAAGCUUACUUUUGGGGAAAGAUUUCUCAAGAUUUUAUCUCGAGCCGAGCUCCUUGGUUAUCCAUCCCCGAAGUUCAAGGCUAAAGUUUUGACGCUUAAUAAGACAACAAUCUCUCAAUAUGUUAUUUCUGGUGUAGUAAGAUUGCUACAACACUCACCUGAAUUAAAGAAGCUAACCCUACGCACAAUGGAUUGUGACGCCAUACGGGGGUAUGUUGACAACUACUUAGAUUCGUAUACUUGGAUUCCGUAUCAAUGCUCCGAAUCGUGGGUCUUUGGAGACGUUAAAUCUAGAGAUGUAGAGACAGAGCAUGUGGCUCUGUUCAUGGAACUUGUGCUUAAAACCACAAAGACACUAGAGAAGAUGGUAAUAAGGUUGGGACCUUAUCGUAGCGAAAGAGGUGUUGAAGAGUUGCGUCAGAUGGUUCCAAUGCUUUCCCACGACAACGACGUCUCAAUUGUGCUCAUCGCAACCAAAAGAUGGAUUAGAGAGUCGUCUAAGUGGUGA